UCCAGGUGGGUCCUGGGAUCUGGGCCGAGCCAGCUUACCGCCGCACCUUCAGCGUCCUUCCCUGGCUGGAGACGCGGAGUGACCGGACGCCAGGCAGUCUGAGCGGAGACUCGGGGGUGUGCUGGGGCCUCCAAAACCCAAGGCUCCGCCCGCGGCCCCCCGCUGGGCCCCAGUCCGGGACCUGGGACCCGUUACUCCGUGGGAGAAAAGGUGCUAGGCGGCCAUCGCAGCCGGGACUCCCCGGUUGUUGGUCCCUUCCUGGUCCGGACCUGAACUCCUGAGUCUGCCCGGGGAUGAUGCUGGCUGUCUUGCUCGCCGUCCUCAGCUACCUUGGCCUCCACGCUCUCUGGCAGGCCCAGGCUGUUCCAAUCCUGGCCCUGGGUCUGGCCCCAGACACCUUCGAUGACGCCUAUGUGGGCUGUUCGGAGGAGAUGGAGGAGAAGGCAGCCCCCCUGCUGAAGGAGGAGAUGGCCCGCCAUGCCCUGCUGCGGGCCUCCUGGGAGGCAGCCCAGGAGGCCUGGGAACACAAGCAGCGAGGGCUUGCUCUGCCCCCUGGAUUCAAAGCCCAGCAUGGAAUAGCCAUUAUGGUCUACACCAACUCAUCCAACACCUUGUACUGGGAGCUGAACCAGGCCGUGCGGACGGGCGGAGGUUCCCGGGAGCUCUACAUGAGGCGCUUCCCCUUCAAGGCCCUGCACUUCUACCUGACCCGGGCCCUGCAGCUGCUGCGGGGCAGUGCCGGCUGCAGCAGGGGACCUGGGGAGGUGGUGUUCCGAGGCGUGGGCAGCCUCCGCUUUGAACCCAGGAGGCUGGGAGACUCUGUCCGCUUGGGCCAGUUUGCCUCCAGCUCCCUGGAUGAAACGGUAGCCCGCCGAUUUGGGGAGAAGAAGCAGGGCUGCGUGUCUGUCCCAGGGCAGCCAGAAUUACCCUCCAAAGGGGCCUUCUCGCUGCUCCCCUGGAAGACCCUGCUCUUAGGCCCUGGGGGACUCCAGCUGUCAGAGGCUGGGCUCUGA